GCUAGUGGAGGUAUAAAUACGGUAUUCUAGUUCUACUCCUCCCCUUGAAGUACAUCAUCACCAUAUUCUCCAGAACCAGAAAGAGCACACAUGGCAGAGAAGGUGUCCACGCUGGUCGUCACACUCAACCAUGGCUGCUGCCGCUGCUUCACCAGGAUCCGGAAGACCGUGUGCAAGCUGCAAGUCUUGCGCGCGCGCGUGCUGGCAGAAACCGAGGACAUCCGGGCGAUUUCCUUCGACGAGGUGUCCGGGACGGUGACGAUCUCGGGAGCCUUCGACCCGCUGGUGCUCCCCUGCAAGCUCCGGCGCAAGGCGGGCUGUGUGAUCAGGGACAUCCAGCUCGUGGCGGCAGAACUGAAGCUCACGCCGCAACGACCAGCCAUGCCGUCGAAACCGCCCGGGCCGGCUCCUGCUCCGCCGUGCUGCUGCGGUAUGUGCAUAUGCGGGUGUGGAGGCUACGGCUACGGCUACGGCUGCCGUUGCCAGUUCGUGGACCACCCGCCGUGCUACGAAGGGCUGCCGUUGAGGCAGUACCCAAAGAUCGAGGUCACCUGCGACUGCGAGGAGGCGUCGUCUGCAGCGUGCAAGAUCGUGUGAUAUUUGUUAAGUGAGUUUGUUUGCUACCUAGUCUGUCUUGACUUGGAGUUGUGUUACUGUGGUUCUGGACGGAAGAACAUGGAAGGGUGAUUUAUUAGACAUAAAUUCAGAGCUAAGCAUUAUUCAUACUUCAUAGAAAGGUGAUUAGGCAUAAAAGAUAAAUUCAGAGUUGGUCAUUUGUAUCUAGGAUAUCACUGUUUGGUUUAAGAAUUGGAUCUACGUAGUUCAUCUAUUAUGGAUCCUCAUCAUUGUGUAUCAAUGGCAGAGUUUGGCUUUCCAUAGAA